AGGACACGUUCCUGGCUUCAGCCCCAUAGCACAACGCGCUAAGCCCCUCCUCCUUGCUUGUUCCCGGUGGGUGAGGCUAGGUUCCCGCGUUGUCCUGUGAAGUCAUCGCCAAUGUAAAAUUGGCGGGAUUCCUGAGGUUGGCUACUGGCACCUUUGAAGAAAAUUAAAGAUUUGCACAUGGCUUUUGUACAGAGUCUCGAUUUUUUCCACCAUGUAGAAAAGCACCAAGCAACCCUGCUAAAGGCCAUUCCGAGAGGUGAGCAGCAAAAUCCAGAAGUACAGGAAGUGAAACAGGAACCUGUUACUAGUUCUCAGGUUGUUGCUGCAAUUGAUAAAAUUGUCCAAGAAGUGUUGGAGCGUCUCUCUAAAGAUGAAGCCCCGGUUCUGCUCGUUGAAAACAGAUCAAAUUGGAACAACAUAGAGUUUACAGAUUCCAUUGGAUUGCAAAUGGCUAAAAACUGCACUACUCGAAGAGUAAAAAGUAACCAUCCCAAGUCUGCACAGCGGUUUGCCUUGACCAUGAAAAUCUUGUCUGUGAUCUACAAACUUGUGCAAACCAAUACAUACGCCACCAAGAGGGAUAUAUUUUAUGAGAAUGUUCAGCUUUAUGGAAGCCAGGCUACAGUAGACAAUAUAGUGACAGAUAUUUCCUGUAUGUUGAAGGUCCCAAGAAGAAGCUUACAUAUUCUUUCCACGUCCAAGGGCUGUGUGGCUGGCAACCUGCUUUAUAUAGAGGAAGAUGGGACUAAAGUGGACUGCAGCGGUAGCACCUCGGGAGCCCUGGUGCCAUCGAAUGUUGAAGGAGUCACAAACUUAAGAACAGUUGCUCGCUUCAUCCUUAUUAUUGAAAAAGACGCAACUUUCCAAAGGCUUCUUGAUGAUGACUUUUGUGGAAAGUGCGGCCCCUGCAUCCUUAUUACGGGAAAAGGAGUCCCAGAUCUGAACACCCGACUGUUUGUACGGAAAAUGUGGGACACUUUCCAGAUCCCUAUAUUCACCUUGGUUGAUGCUGAUCCUCACGGGAUAGAAAUUAUGUGUAUCUACAAAUAUGGUUCAGUGUCAAUGUCAUUUGAGGCUCAUAAUCUAACAGUUCCAUCUAUCGCUUGGCUGGGCUUGCUGCCAUCCGACAUAGAGAGGUUACACGUUCCGGCAGAAGCUCUAAUCCCGUUGUCUGCACUGGACCAAAGAAAGCUGCAGAGUCUACAGAAAAGGCCAUAUCUGUCCUGCCAGCCACUGUGGAAGCAGGAGUUGGAGAUUAUGACUUUGAUGAAAAUGAAAGCAGAAAUCCAGGCGCUGACUUUCCUCUCUCCAACAUUUCUAACUAGUGUUUACUUACCAAACAAGUUGGAGUAUGGAGGAUGGAUAUAAGCAGGGGUGGCGUGCGGAUCAUCUCUGGGUCUCCUCAUUAGGGAGAGCUGUUCUAAUUGUAAAUUGCCUGCAGUGUAAUAAAUCUUGUUUCU